CGCACACACGCACGCUGCGGAGCGAUGCAUCCGCGGUGCUGCGCGUUCUCCUCUCGCUCCUCGCCUCUUCCUCACUGACCGUCGUCCACUUCCUUCCGAUCGUUCCCCGGCGCCGUAAAGUGUGUGUGGCGGGGGGGCAAGUGUUUCAAUGUCAUCUUCAUAUGUAAAUGUCGUCUGCGUACGAGGGGGAGGAGGAGGAGGGGAGACGAUGGCGCCAGACGCGCCAUAGCACCGACUUUGGAUCUAUUUUUGUUCUAGUCGUAUUUAUUUUGUAACGUUUUUUUUUUUGUUUGUUUAUUUUUCUGACCUCUUUGGUGACGUUUAUUUUAUUUAAUUUUUUUUGCGGGCCUGCAUUCGGUGACCGGCGGGAAUGUGUGACGACCAUGCUGGCGGUGCUGUGCUUCUUGCUCUUUGCUGCAGUGGGCGAGCGGCUGGCGGCGUCAGGUGUAAACAGGAGCCCAGGUCAGGAUGAAGGCACCUGGGGUCGAUCCCCCCGGUCCGGACAGAGGACAGAGGGCAGCGACCCGGCGGUCCAGGUGACCUAUCCCAAGCGUCUGGUGCAGAGGACCGAGUCGGAGCAGGAAAAGGCGCACGAGCACCUGGACACCCGGGUGAAGAAUAACACGUGGCACACCUCGGACAUUCACUUGGCGCAGAGCUGUUUCCAAGUCGAAGCCUUUGGACGUGCCUUCACACUGGACCUAGAGCUGAACCAUCACUUGCUGUCUGCGGAAUACGUAGAGCGCAAUUUUACACCGGACAGCCGACCCUUGCAGUCACCGGGAGGAGAGCACUGCUACUACCAGGGAAGGUUGAGAGGUGUGCCGGAGUCGUGGGCGGCUCUCUCCACCUGCCACGGCCUUUGUGGGAUGUUCUCAGACGGCAUCUUCUCUUAUGGGAUUGAGCCUUUUUACAACGGCAGCAAUGAGGAAAAUGGCGCCCACUUGAUCCGCAGGAUGUCAGAUUUCAGGCUCUUCCCCCAUUGCGCGGACUGCACAGACGACAGCGAGUGGGAUCGCAGAGGGGGCGGCAAAGACCAAAGGGGGGCGCCGCAGCGGCAGGAGGAGCCGUCAGGGGCGCUGAGGCGCUCCAAGCGCUUUGUUCGCAGACCCUCCGUGCAGACCGAGACCAAAUAUAUCGAGUUGAUGGUGGUCAACGACAACGACAUGAUUGUACAGCUGCGACGCUCCGGCAGCCAAACGAAAAACUUUGCCAAAGCGGUGGUAAACAUGGCGGACGCGAUCUUCAGGGAGCAGCUGAACACGAGGAUCGUGCUGGUCGCCAUGGAGACGUGGACAUCGAAAAACAUGGCGCCGGUGGUGGAGGACCCGCUGACCACGCUGCAGAACUUCAUGAAGUACAGACGGGACAACAUCCGCGAGGAGAGUGACGUUGUCCAGCUAUUCUCAGGGCGCACGUUUCAAAGCGGUCGCAGCGGCACGGCUUACACGGCAGGAGUGUGCUCACGGACGAGGGGAGGGGGAAUCAAUGAGUUUGGCAGUGUCGGCGCCAUGGCCAUCACUUUGUGUCAAAGCCUGGGCCAGAACAUCGGGAUGAGGUGGAACAACGCACGGAAUUCUGCAGGAGACUGCAGGUGUCCCGACACCUGGCUGGGCUGCAUUAUGGAGGACACUGGAUACUAUCUGCCCAGAAAGUUCUCCCGCUGCAGCGUAGACGAGUACAUCCAAUUCUUGCUCCAGGGCGGCGGCAGCUGCCUCUUCAACAAGCCCAGCAAGUUGUUGGACCCUCCAGAAUGCGGCAAUGGCUUUGUGGAACCCGGUGAAGACUGCGAUUGCGGAUCUCAGGUGGAGUGCGCCCGCAGCGGAGGAGCCUGCUGUAAAAAAUGCACGCUCACCCACGACGCCAUGUGCAGCAACGGACUGUGCUGCAGCGGCUGCAAGUACGAGCUGAGAGGCGUGGUGUGUCGAGAGGCGGUCAAUGACUGCGACAUCGCAGAGACCUGCACUGGAGACUCUAGCCAGUGUCCUCAUAACGUCCACAAACUGGACGGCUACACGUGUGAAACUAAUCAAGGUCGCUGUUAUGGCGGACGAUGUCGCACUCGAGACGGACAGUGUAGAGGACUCUGGGGUUUUAACUCGGCCGACAGGUUUUGUUACGAGAAGCUGAACGCCGAAGGGACGGACAAAGGCAACUGCGGUCGGGGCCCCGGCGGCCAAGGCUGGCUUCAGUGCAACAAGCCGGACGUUUUGUGUGGCUUCUUGUUCUGCGCCAACAUCAGCACAAAGCCCAAAUUUGGGGACCUUCAAGGCGAGGUAACUAGCUUCACCCUCUACCACCAGAACAAGUACCUGGACUGUCGGGGCGGCCACGCCGUGCUGGAGGACGGCUCCGACCUGGGCUACGUGGAGGACGGCGCCCCCUGCGGGCCCAACAUGAUGUGCUUGGAGCGACGCUGCCUCCCGGUGGCGGCCUUCAACCUCAGCAGCUGCGCGGGUUCCAACUCGGGGCGCGUCUGCUCCGACCACGGGACGUGCAGCAACGAGGUGAAGUGCAUCUGCGACAGAGACUACACCGGCAAGGACUGCAGCGUUUUUGAUCCCAUACCCGAGCCCACCGUCCCGACGGGCCCGGGGAAAAAAGGUCCAAGUGGCACCAAUAUCAUAAUAGGCUCCAUCGCAGAAACAUACGGAGAGGAAGAUCUGGCGGAGGAUAAGACGACCAUCAUCUGUCUAGGUGUCCUGCCCACGUCCUGUCUUCUUCUUCUCCUUCUCCUUCUUCUUCUUCUUCUUCUUCUUCUUGGUUGCACACUGUCAUGGUCCACAUUGGGGAAGAGAAGGGAACAACAAGAACAAAAUGUCUUCCACUCCUGUUCCCGGCUCUCCGGUCCCCUUUUUCACUGUAAUUCUCCUCUUCACCGUGAAAGACACCAGAGUUUUCCGCCACCUGCGGGACGAAGAGCAAAUCAGCCAAGAUGUCUAACUGCCUGCCUGGACCACAGACUCCUUCUCACCUAAUUUUUGUACUUGCCUGAUGGCUUGAAGUAAGCUAAAGAUGCUAAAGAGGUUGAUUCCCUGCCUGCCACAACCUCAAGAGCUCACGCACACGUCCUCCACUCUUAAGAGCAUGGACUGGAUCAUUUCUGGACCGGAUCUGGUUCAUAUUCGGACUGGAGCAGACUGGAACUGGACUGGAUUGAAAGUCCAUCAGGGUGGAUAAAUCUAGAAUAGGAAUAGAACUGUAACAGAUCUGGAUCAGGUCUGGACCAGAUCUGGACUAGAGUUGCACUGAAUUUGUACUGAACUUUGACUGCAAUUGAAUUGAUAGAUGACUGGAUUUGGAAUGUAAAUGGACUCGAACCAGAUCAAGAUCAAAUCUGGACCUGUUCUUUCACUGGACUGAGUAUUAGUCAAAUCUGGACUGUACAGGGAACAGAUCUCUACUGGAUCUGGACCAGAUUUAGACUGGAGUGGGCUGGAGCAAGACUAAAUCUGGGCAGAUAUUUACGAGAUCAGAAUGUUAAAUAAUCAUGGAACAAAUCUUGACUAAACUAACUAAGACCAUAACUGUCGUAGACCUAGCCUUGCUUUGGACUGAGUCUGGACCAGAUUUGGACUAGAGUUGCACUGAAUUUUGGCUGCAUUUGAAUGGAUAGAUGACUAGAUUUGGAAUUUAAAUGGACUCGAACCAGAUCGGGAUCAGAUCUGGGCUAGAUUGGACCUGUUCUUGCUCUGGACUGACUUUCAGUCAGAUCUGGACUGUACAAGGAACAGAUCUGUACUGGAUCUGGACCAGAUUUAGACUGGAGUGGGUCGGCGCAAGACUGGACCUGGGCAGAUAUUUACUAGAUCUGAAUGUUAAAUAAUCAUGGAACAAAUCUAGACUAGACUAAAACCAGAACUGUCGUAGACCUAGUCUUGCUUUGGACUGAGUCUGGACCAGAUCUGGACUAGACCUGGACUACCUUAUGACUGUACAAGGAAUACAUGUUUACUGAAUCUUGAUUAGAUUGCGAUUGGGUUGGAUUGUGACCAUUUCUAGACUGUUCUGGACCAAAUUUGGACGUGAUCAGGUUUACAUUCAGACUAGAUCCCAAUUUCGUCAGGCCUGCCUGGGCUGCGCCUAAAUGAAUCCGGCCCGACCUGUUCUAGGCCUGAUCUCGGCAUGGGCUGGUAUGAGAUUCUGACGCUAGGAUCACUGUUAAAAAAAAAAAUAUUGCGGUUUCAUGGACUCACGAUGUUUCAAUUAUAGCUCCAAAAUCGUGUAAAUUUAGAAGAUAUGGAUAUGGAAAAGAUAUGGGGAAAUAACUUUUCUUUCCUUGGAACACACGCCGUAGUUACAUUAGGAAACAUAAAAAGAAAAUAAGCAGUGGAAUUUUUCGAAGUAAAAUAAGUCGUACAACAAUCAAAGUACUUAUUUCAGAAAGUAAGUAGCUCCUAUAGUUUUUUUUUGCUGGUUUGUUAAAUAACGGCAGAGCAGAAGCAAGCUCGCGGUAGCCACGCUAGCUAGCUAAGUUACCUUAAUUUCACCAAUUGUAGCUGAUUGCGAAUGUUCGAUUUGAAGACUGCGUUAUCGUGGUCACGUAACGUAACUUUGGAUUCGGCGAGCCAUGAAGCGAGUCAUUGUCAAUAUUUUGGUCAGUAAUUUGUAAGAAUAAUAAGAGCCCUACAUGGGGCUGGCAAUAGUGUAAAUUUGUAAAAUAAAUUUCAACAGAGGAGGUUUCUGUCCGACGGAAGCAAUAUUUCCUCGUCUACCAAGCCAACAAUGGAAGGGAGAGAGUUUGUGUUAUUUUACUUGCAUAAUCAACGCCCCCCACCCCCCAAAAAACAAAAACAAAACAGCUCAUACUGCUUUUUUUUUAAACUGGCAACUGGCCCAUGCCUGUUCUGAACCUGUUCUAAAAUCGAUCCACGACUGCUCUGAAUUACAUCCAAACUGGAAUAGGAUCGGAUCUGAAACAGAGACCCGGACCUGGAUUUGACGUAGACAGGAUCUGGAGUGUCUUUGGAAUGGAUGUUCAGCCUCGACCAUCACAGGGGAAAAAAAAAUCCAAGCAUGUUUUCCAAAGAUGACCCCGGAGGGACCAACUGUUUUUUAUCCCAACUGCCAACCAACUGGUCUGAGAUGACCACUUUCAGGAAGACUGAAGAAUUGUGGGAUUUUUGUUUUUUUGGGUUUUGCUUUUGGAUCACUUGACAGGACCAGCGCUCGUUGUCAAUCCCCAGACACUACAUUUAACUGACUAGUCUUCGCUCACUACCUUUUUAUCUUUGGACAUUGUACCCAAACACUUGUUGUUGUUUUUUUUUUUUUUUUUAAGAACAGAAGAAGAAUGUGCACGUCACUCCGGACACCUUCACGUUUUCAAUGUAACAACGAGAUAAGGAAAAAUGUCACCUUACAGGACUUCAGGGGCUUUCCCUUUGUUUAUGUUUGUGGAAGUUCAAUUUUGGCUCGUUAGCGGUUAGCUCCCAUUGUCACGUUAAGAGGGUCAUCACGUCUGAUGUGUGGAGGAAACUCUUCUACCUAGUAGUUGUGACAAAUUAGUAGGAUUUCAUACAAAAAGUCUUUCACCGUAAUUUAAUAUCCAUCUACUUUCAGUAUCCUUAGCCUCAUUAGGGUUCAUGCAAGAGGCGGGGGCACACCCUGAACCGGUUGCCGGCCAACCCCAGGCCACUCGCGUUCGCUGAGGACAAUUUCGAGUCUUUGAUGAAGUUCACGUGCACAUUUUUUGGAAUGUAGGAGAAACCGGAUCACAGGGCAAAAACCCACGCGAGCGCCGGAAGAACGUGUGAGUUCCCGAUAUGCAGCGCUUGCCUUGAGAUACGAGCGGCCCGACUUACGAGUUUUCCGAGGUACGAGCCGUCAUUCGGGUGAUUUUUGCUUUGAGUCGUGAGUGCAAUGAACUUCAAACUGCAACUCACAGUUCAUGUUUAUCAAACAAAGCACAAAUAGUCCACCGACGACAUAUAAAAUAUACCAACGCUCAUUUUCUCGAUCCUCUGUUUACAGCAGACAAUAUUAGUGACGUACUGAUGAGCUCAGAGAGGAUUUAACAGUAUGAAUCCCGCUUGAGUUCUCAGCAUGAUUGGCUGCUGUAAAGAGUCGAGGAUUCUUAUCCAUCUCUCUUAUACUGCCACCAGGUGGCCAAGGUGGGCACACGAGAAGGAGGGCCCAUUUCAUUUAUGCACUUUGACAAAAACGCUUUCAUUCUUUUUAAUUGUAUUUAAUCACGUCAUUACUGUAUGACACAAUACACUUUUUUUUUGGGGGGGGUGAGGCUGGAUUUAAUUAAAAGGGGGGAAGAUUAGUCGACUUUUCAGUUAUUAGCAUGGUCAAAUUAAAUGUGUAGCUCAAGGCGCUAAAACUCGAAUUGAAUAUAUUAUUAAUAAUAUAUUAAUAAUGUGAAUAAUAAUAUUACUACUAUUAUAUAAUAUUAAAAUAUUUACUUAACCAAAAAUGGCAAAUGUGUCAAAAUUCCAGAGAGAAAAACAAAACAAAAAACAUAAUAAAAACCAAAACCUUUUGCCAUCGCUGAACCAUUCAAAGGACAGUUUGGUUUUUCAUAGCAUCACGUAUGUCUCUCCCCCACCCCCAAGCCCCCCGACACACACUGGAAAAAGUCCAGCUAUUGUACAAAAAUGGAUCAUCUUUUUUUGUGUGUUUUCCUACUAACUUCUUUGCAAGAACGUCGCCAUUUCGUGACCCCGAACGUAUCAGUUUCCGGAGUGCCGAGAUCCUAAAAAAAUGAGCUCUUUAUGUAAAUAUGUGAACGCUAUGCUGAAUCUUCAGAUGCACCAUAUGGUUGAGAGGGACUCAUUUCAGUGGCAAUUUAGGUUUUUUUUUUUUUUAUUUUAUGUUUUUGUUUCAUGGGUGGGGCGUAUUUGAGCUUUGCACUGUGUGGGAUGCACUAGCGCCGCAAUAUAUGUUAGGAAUACAGAGUGAGUGUCAAAAAUGUAAUGUGCAGAGCUGCUGUCAAUCAUCAUUUGAAAAGAGGAAAAAAAAAGACCAUAUUUUUAGACACUUUUUGAAUAUAGACAAAAUGGAAAAAAAAUUAAAAGAAAAAAAGGCCUUGUGGAUAGAAUUGAGUGAAGAGG